AUGGCCACCGACGUCUCCUCUCCAGUCUCGCAAUCGGUCUCGGAACUCAAUGCCUGCGUUUCCACCUCUACCAGUCAUCACCGCCCGGCGGUCAAAGAAACCACGUUCCGCGAAUGGAUGCUGCAUAACCAGAUCGGGAUUACCUUGACCACUCUUGCCAUGCUCUUGGCCGUCCACCACCUCUACCCUUCCCUCAACCCCUACACCACGCCGUUCUUCCAGCUAUCCUACUACCAACCGACUUCGGGAGACUACCUACAAGGAUGGGAUGAUGUUUACUUCGUCGCUAGUUCCGCACUUGGCUUCAUCGCUAUCCGCGCCAUUCUCAUUGACUGGGUUUUGAGGCCUAUUGCGCAGCAUUGGGGCCUGAAACGCAAGGCGUCGCUUCGUCUGGCCGAGCAGGGCUGGCUCUGUUUGUAUUAUGGCUUCAUCUGCUCCCUCGGAAUGUAUAUCUGGUCCAAUUCCCAUCACUGGGGCGAUUUUAGCAAGAUCUGGGACCAAUGGCCGGCGCGAAAUGUCUCUGGCCUGAUGAAAUGGUAUCUCUUGGUGCAGUUGGCAUUUUGGGCGCAGCAGCUUCUCGUGAUCAACAUUGAAGAACGCAGAAAAGACCACUAUCAGAUGCUGACCCAUCAUGUGAUUACCAUUGCCCUCUUCGGUUCGGCUUACAUCUAUGGCUUCUACAACGUCUCAAACGUCGUGCUCUCGCUUAUGGACAUCGUUGAUCUUCUGCUGCCGACGGCCAAAAUCCUGAAAUACUUGAAAUAUGAAAUGAGCUGCAACAUCGCUUUUGUUGUGUUCAUGGUAACGUGGUUGAUCACUCGCCAUAUAUACUAUCCGAAACUUUGCUGGUCUAUUUACAAGGACGUUCCUGCCAAGAUGUCUUACGGAUGUUACUCAGGUACGACCGCGGAAAUGAUUUCCACCAAUGGCUACCCGAGCGCAUGGUCGUAUCUGGUCUCCCCAUUCAAGGAUCUCAACGGACCAAUUUGCAUGAAUCGCACUGUCAAGUGGAUUUUCCUUUCCUGUCUUCUGGCAUUGCAGCUGCUCUCCCUUAUCUGGUUCACUAUGGUGAUUCGCGUGGCUGUUGGUGUCAUCCGCACCGGUAAUGCCGAGGAACCUCGUAGCGAUGACGAAGGGGAGGAAGAGGAAGGGCACCCUAUUGAGAAGGAUAGCCUCAACGGGAGCACCCAUGCAAUCGACAGCUCCAACGCCGACUGGCGCCGAACGAACGGUGCCUCGGCGGUGCGUCCUCGUCGAGUUCGUCUUGGAGACCAGAGCGACCGCAAAGCACUUCUAGGCCGCAUCGGUUGCGACAAGCCCACAUGA